ACAGGCUGCAGCUCCCUCAAACAUGGUGGUUCAAGGCAACAGAGACAAAAUAAAAGACUGAGACUCUUUGCAGGGAACUUCUGGGCCAAAACCACACUUCUGCAGUUUAGGUCAGACAGAAGCUGAAACCUUUGGCACUGAUCACGGCAGAAGUCCGACCAUACAAGACCAGCUCCUGAAUAUACCUCAGUAAACAACUACAGGCGACAGUGAGGGAGCAGAUCUUGGUGUGAAACGUUGAGGAUAUCGGACGAGACAAAGGAGAGCAGUCAUGCCAGGCUCAGGAGGUGCAGAUUCAAAGGGAGAAGAUCUCUCCACUGCCAUCCUGAAGCAGAAACACAGACCUAACAGACUCAUUGUUGAUGAAGCUCUCAAUGAAGACAGCAGCAUUGUCAGUCUGUCACAGGAUAAGACAGAGGAGCUGCAGCUCUUCCGGGGGGACACUGUGGUGCUGAGAGGGCGGAAACGUCGCCAAACUGUGUGCAUCGUUCUGACCGAUGACACCUGUGGACAUGAACGAAUCCGCAUGAAUCGUGUGACACGCAACAACCUACGUGUCCGGCUCGGGGAUGUCAUCAGUAUUCAUGCCUGUCCUGAUAUCAAGUACGGGAAAAGGAUCCAUGUCCUGCCUAUAGAUGACACCAUUGAGGGCCUGACUGGGAACCUCUUCGAUGUUUUCCUCAAACCGUAUUUUCUGGAAGCUUACCGGCCCAUAUAUAAAGGUGACAUCUUCCUGGUAAGGGGGAGCAUGCGGGCGGUGGAGUUCAAGGUCGUGGAGACUGACCCAAGCCCUCACUGCAUUGUUGCCCCGGACACCGUCAUCUAUUGCGAAGGAGAGCCAAUCAAACGAGAGGACGAGGAGGAGAGCCUUAAUGACAUUGGCUAUGAUGACAUCGGAGGUUGCCGGAAACAGCUGGCUCAAAUCAAAGAGAUGGUGGAGCUUCCUCUCAGACACCCCGGCCUUUUCAAGGCUAUAGGAGUUAAGCCCCCCAGAGGGAUCCUGCUGUACGGCCCUGCGGGCACAGGGAAGACCCUGGUGGCUCGGGCUGUAGCCAACGAAACAGGUUCCUUCUUCUUCCUCAUCAAUGGUCCUGAGAUCAUGAGUAAGCUGGCAGGAGAGUCAGAAAGCAACCUUAGAAAGGCGUUUGAGGAAGCAGAGAAAAACGCUCCGGCCAUCAUCUUUAUUGAUGAGCUGGACGCCAUCGCCCCCAAGAGAGAGAAGACCCAUGGUGAAGUGGAGAGGCGUAUCGUCUCCCAGCUCCUGACCCUGAUGGAUGGUUUGAAGCAAAGAGCUCAUGUAGUUGUCAUGGCAGCCACAAACCGACCAAACAGCGUGGACCCUGCUCUAAGACGCUUUGGCAGGUUUGAUCGGGAGAUUGACAUCGGAAUCCCGGAUUCUACUGGUAGACUUGAGAUACUGCAGAUUCACACCAAAAACAUGAAACUGUCCGACGACAUUGACCUGGAGAGGAUUGCCACAGAGACCCACGGUCACGUAGGUGCCGACCUGGCUGCUCUGUGCUCAGAAGCUGCUCUGCAAGCCAUCCGCAAGAAGUUGAUCCUCAUAGACCUGGAGGACGAAACCAUUGAUGCUGACCUGCUCAACUCACUAGCUGUCACCAUGGAUGACUUCCAGUGGGCGCUGAGUCAGAGCAACCCAUCAGCUCUGAGAGAGACUGUUGCAGAGGUGCCUCAGGUCAACUGGGAGGAUGUCGGAGGACUGGAUGAGGUCAAGAGAGAGCUGCAAGAGCUCGUUCAGUACCCUGUCGAGUAUCCGGACAAGUUCCUGAAGUUUGGUAUGACUCCGUCUCGUGGAGUGUUGUUCUACGGCCCUCCAGGCUGUGGAAAAACCCUGCUGGCGAAGGCCAUCGCCAACGAGUGCCAAGCAAACUUUGUAUCUAUCAAAGGACCUGAGAUGCUCACUAUGUGGUUUGGAGAAUCGGAGGCCAACGUCAGAGACGUGUUUGAUAAGGCCCGACAGGCGGCCCCCUGCAUCUUGUUUUUCGAUGAGCUUGACUCCAUCGCUAAAUCCAGAGGUGGCGGAGCUGGGGAUGGAAGUGGUGCAGCUGACAGAGUCAUCAACCAGAUACUCACGGAGAUGGACGGCAUGUCGGACAAAAAAAAUGUUUUUAUUAUUGGUGCCACAAACAGACCAGAUAUCAUAGACCCUGCCAUCCUGCGGCCGGGCCGUUUAGACCAGCUCAUCUACAUCCCACUCCCAGACAAACCGUCUCGCACAGCAAUCCUCAACGCCAACCUACGCAAGUCCCCUGUUGCACGAGAUGUGGACUUGGACUACCUGUCUGGCAUCACAGAGGGUUUUUCUGGAGCUGACCUAACAGAGAUCUGCCAGCGGGCCUGUAAGCUGGCCAUCCGUGAGGCCAUCGAGGCCGAAAUCAAGGCUGAGCGUCAGAGGCAGAACAGACCAGGCAUCCCCAUGGAUGAAGACUUUGAUCCAGUCCCGGAGAUCAGGAAGGACCACUUUGAAGAGGCGAUGCGAUUCGCUCGUCGCUCCGUCAGCGACAACGACAUCCGCAAAUAUGAAAUGUUUGCUCAAACUCUGCAGCAGAGCCGUGGCUUUGGAAACUUCAGAUUCCCCUCUGCAACUGGUACCCGGUCAGGAGGUCAGGGGUCAGGUUCUGGGUCAGGGAGGCCAGGCCUGUACAGAGAAGAUGGCAAUGAUGAUCUCUAUCAGUGACAAAAACUCAACACUGUUUCCCUCUUUCACUGCUGUGCGUGGCUCCCUGGAGGAGUGGAAACAGAAGAAAAACGGGGGUGGACAUUACAACAUACAGAGGGAAACAUGAGGACAUAAUAGUUGUAAUAAUUUUCAGAAACCUUUUUUAAAGUCUUUUAAAAACGUGAAUCAAAUAAGUAAUCAGAUGAAAGAACGUCUGUUAAGAAAUUUUGCUGUAAUAUUCAAAGUACAAUACAAAACACUUGUAAGAUUGAAGAUAAAAGAAUAAAUGUGUCAACCUUACAUACAUCAGAGCUUUUGCUUUUCACACUGUAGUCUUUGCACUUUGAAAGUUAUGCACAUUUUGUGUAUGUGUGCAGUUAAAAUGUGAUAAUUAAAUUUAUUUGUAUGCCUCUAUGAUCAUUCUUAUAGGGUUUAUUUUCUGAUCCUCAGUGCAGUAUUUUGUGCAAGUAUCUACUUCAGUGUCUGUAUCUUGCAUCCUGGCUCACUGUUUUGGCUCACUGGGACACUUGUAUAGAACCAUUGUUGAUGUUAUCAGUAACAUUAGUGUGAUCUUCUUGCUGUGAAAAAUGUCAAUUUUCUUGAACACAUAUGAAUGUUUAACAUGGAAUGUGCUUUUAAGAUUGGGAUUUUCUAUCCAUUUUUGUUUCAAUAUCCAAAUUCUGUUUAUGAAAAACCCAAAUAUGCUAGCUGGAGUACUGUGAAAGAAACUGGGAUGAUAUGGGUGAUACGCAAGUUAAGCCCCAUUAACGGGUUGUUCAUGUCUCUGUAAGAGCCACAAACAAAUCAUACAAAAAGAUGUUUUCCCACGUGCAUCUUAUUGAAUCUACUCAUGCACAUUCGUCUUAAUUUUUUAAUUUUGUUUGUUUAAAGUCUGAAUUGCCAAUGAACCCUUAUAAGAUUAGUUUAAAUGAAAGGUUCAAGCUCUUAAAGCAUCACAAAUGUUUAGAUUUGAGAAAUGCAAAAACAAUACAUUUUCUGGGAAAUAUCCAGUGUUCCUUUUGUUAUCUAACUGUGGACAACUUUUACGUUUAUCACUCUUUUUUGUUGCCAAAAGCCAGCUGACUCUAUUAUUGAACAAGCAGUAAAUAUGUGGCCCCUGAGGGUCUGGGGCCCUGGGGCAGUUGCCCACUUGGUAAUUCAGUUUAGCUAAAAUAUUUUGAAUAUUUAGCUAAACUGUAAUGUUUGUAUGGUUCACCUAUUGAAUAUAUUGGAAAUCUUGUCAUUGCCAAUAUCACUGAUUAAAAAAAAACAAGCAGUUAAAAUUUUGAGAAUUAUGAAGUUUAUUUCUUCUUAACAUUAACACCACCUUUACAAUGGACUAUACAUAACAGCUGAAAAACAAAAAAAAACCCAGGAUCAUCUUCAUGACAUAAAUGAUUUUAAAGAACAAAAUCCAGUUUCCCCCUCCAGUCCUUCAGUCAUUCAUCUGUCCCUUCCUUCUUUUCCAUCCUCUUGUCUUUAUGUCUUCUGUCUCUUCAUGUGAAGCACUUGGCACAUGUAAUUCCUUGUUGUAAAGCACAUUCGCCUGCAUUUCUUGUAUGAC